GCGCACGCACUCCUCGUGGGGACAGAGAGAAAGAGAGAUAGAGGGGGAGAGAGAGAGACGUGUGAUUUCUCUUUGUACUGAAUAAAGAGUUGAGGCCGGCUCUGCUUCUUCUGCCGUCUCUUUUUAUAUAAGCAGAGUUUGCAUGCUGUAAAUAGCCCAGUAAGCCGGUUAGCCUUUACGUUUCUCCGUGGCCGUCGGUCCCCUUUGUGUGGUGGAAGCGAGCAGCCGCUGCGAAUGUCCCUUUGAGCGAUUUUUGACAACAAAAGCAUCAGGUCCAUCGUCCGUCCUUCUUCUUCUUCGGGGGAUUUUUUUUCCAAGUCACAAAUUCACCAGCCGGGAUUUUUCGUUGCGGAAAAGCGACGAGCCGCACGUCCACAGACCGUUUUCUGCCUUCUUUCUGUCGCUCACUUCACACUUCUGUAGCUCCGGGGGCAUUUUUUCUCUUUCCCAUACCAAGCGACAAUGGCAGCUGUAACAAGCCCGGAGACGAGCCCUCAACCCCGGGUAUAUUUCCAGACGCCGGCCGGUACCACGGAGGAGCCGGAGACACCAGUUCGGAAGCAGGGACGCGUUACCGUCAAAUACGACCGCAAAGAGCUGAGGAAGAGACUGAACCUGGAGGAGUGGAUUAUCGACCAGCUAACGGACCUCUACGACUGUGAGGUAAAGACCCCAAACAAUAACCGGCCUCCAAACCGAUCGAAGGUAUUGAUCAGGCGGCUCUGUUAAGUAAUAGGGCUCCGCGGUGUAGCG